AACUAGAAUGUGAGAUGUCGUGCAGUUGAGAAGGAUCAAAAAUGGCAGAAAUUCCUCCAACUUGAAGUAUGCUCCAUACAGGCUAGCAGCGCUGGGGUGAUGACGAAGGGGUCGGCUCUACCCGAACAUCGUGAUCUUGCGACAGGGCAGCCAUGUCGAGCACCCUGCAGACUGCAGACUUUUAUCGAUAUCUUGAAACCUGCAGUGUGGUUCAGGAUUGCACAAUAAAGUCCAGAUCGUGUUGUUGUUGUGGUCAUCGAAGCAUUUCAAGGACUGGUACCUCGCUGCUAGCGCGAAUCAACUUGUUACUAAUUUGGGCUAUAUCAUUUCCAGUUCCGAGUUGCGGAACGACAAAGUCAACCCCACACAAACCACCCCACAUCGUCAUCGUCCUGAAUGGGCCUGUUCGAGCAGCCUCAGGCAUCGGAAGGCACACUCGCCAUGGAGCCUCGCCGGAUGAGGGCCAUCGGCUGCUGCACUUGUUGAGAGUGAUGGCCCGUAUAUCUGUACCUGAACCCCCGAAUUUUGACCUACCGAACCCGUUGCGAGGACAAAUGCAGGGUGCCGAGCUAUUGAGCCCUGGCUGAUUGGCCAGUUGCAGAACUCUGGUUACAUGCGUCAUCGCAAUCGGAGUCGAAUGGAAGCCAUCGGAUAAAGUCCACUUGCAGAGCCGCACCCUCUUUGACAGCCG